UCUAAGCAGAGCUGCGGUGAAGGUUUGGAUCGGUAGAUGAAUGGAAAGCGCUGAGAUGUCGUUAGACCCAGAUUAAAAUGACACUGCUACGCCAGAGGCGGUGGGGGGACUGGCCAUCCGCGUGUGCCACACGCUCCGGCGAAGGGAACCACAGCUACAAUGCUAAAUAAAAAUAACUGCAAUUAAAAUAAUAUAAGAUCGGUGUCCGUCUACUAUUCAUAUACAAAGAAAUAAACAUGUCUACUGGGCUGAACCAGCAGGACAAUGGGAUAAGCCUUUCCGAUGCCGUAGUGUUAAUUCAAGGGCAACAGCCGUACAGUCGUGUAACCACUGCGGAUUUCUCCAAGGAUCGGGGCAGCGGAGAGAUCGGGUCUUUCAAGAGCAGGAAGAGGAAGUCCAUCGUGGUGACGGUGUCUCUGCUCAUAGUGUCGCUGCUCAUCCUCACCAUUGGUGUGGCUGCCACGACACGGACGCACAACGUGACAGUCGGGGGCUAUUACCCUGGUGCCAUCCUGGGCUUUGGCUCCUUCCUUGGGAUCAUAGGAGCUCACCUGAUUGAAAAUAAGAGGCAGAUGUUGGUGGCCUCCAUCGUAUUUAUCAGCUUUGGUGUGGUGGCGGCACUGUGCUGUGCCGUGGUGGACGGCGUCUUUGCCGCCAGACACAUCGACCUGAGACCUCUGUAUGCAGGAAGGUGCAAGUACCACUCCAGCGUGAUGUCAAGCGACCUGGAAGUGCACUGUCACGCGUCCUCUCAACAUUCCUGCAACCUGCGCGUGAAGAGCAAUACCUGCUACUGCUGUGAACUCUACACGUGUGGCAGCCGUGUGGAGCUGACGGGCGGAUAUCAUGAAUACACGGAGGUGCGUAGCUGCCAGGAUGUGGUGCAGCUGUACCACCUGCUCUGGUUCGCCACCAUCCUCAACGUGGUGGCCCUUCUCCUGGGCAUCGUGACGGCCGCGGUGCUCGGCGGCUUCAAGGACAUGACACCCACUGGCACCACUGACAUCUGUGAGCGAGGCCCACCCCCUGCCCUGGCACCAGCCUCCGCCCUGCCUGAGGUCCCGGGUCCGUCUCACGCCCCUGGCUCUUGCUACAACAGCACCCCCUGUCUGCCACCCUACACCGCAUAUGAUCUGCAGGGCUCCUCCAUGUUCCCCGACUCCUCUGGUCUGUCCGACGACUCCCAGUCUGGCGCCAGCUACCUGUGGCCCAGCCAGAUCCCUCCACGCUAUUCGCCACCAUACUACCCCCCUGACGAGAAACCUCCACCCUACAGUCCCUGAAAAGAAGUGGGACUUUGCACGACCACCCUCCCCUGUCGCUGGAGAGCCACUUACAUUUGUUGACAUAUUAAAAGAGAAACCAUGCGGGCAACGCUUCCUCGUAUCCAGGCAACAGCCGGCAGCCAAUAGGAACUGCACUGGAAGCCAUCUGAUCAGAGUGGGCCUCCCACAAAGGAAGCUGGGACACCGUCUGGGUGAUGUUUUCACGGCAAAGGCAACAUGUUUUAAAGCUGCAAUCAGGCCAUACAAAACACAAAGAGCAACCUCUGGCUGGUGACCAACCGAUAUGCGUGGCUGAAUUUGGCAUCUUACAGCAUCGCAAAACCUUAUUCCCACGGACCAACAGAGGGGAUCCUUUAAGGUCAUUCUAACCCUUCCUUUGCAUACAAGCGAUUGCUGACCUGAAGGGCAGCCUUUGUGCCACAUCGUAUCGCCUCUAAAAAGACCAAUGUCACAAGCCAUCGGCAUCAUCUGAUCAUUACUCACCUACUCCACCACUGCAGCUUCCUAGACGUUAGGACAUUUAAUUGAUGAACUGCACCACUGAGUUUCAGUGGCAAAUCAAACUGUAGAAAUAAGAUGCAUUCAAAAAGUUUAAAAAAAAAAAAAGGCAACACUUUUUAGAAAAAAAAAUACAUUUUAGGUAAGAGAUCACCUG